UUGAACGCCAAUAAGAAGCGAAAAAAACGAAAAUAGAAAAAACUCGUAGAACACGAAACGAAGAAUGUGCAAAUUCACGAAUCAUUUGUUCGUCUUGCUGCUGUUGCAUGUUGUUGGCCAGGCAGUGCCGAAGCCGUUGAAUACGCGCAGCCUUGCCACCGAUUUUGUUGGGAAGCUCUACGAUGACGACUAUGACGAUGAUGGCUAUCAGGUGGAUGAGCGGUACUACGAUCAGCGGCAACAGGGUAACCAGAAUUGGAAGGUGUCACUCGACGACUUCGUCAUCAGUUUGCCCAACAGUGAGGGUUCGUCAUGGAUGGAAAUACUUGGCGCGGAAUAUUUAGAUUAUGCACUGGCAGUUAAAAAAUAA